AUGAGCGGAACUGAGAACUGCAGUUAUAAAAAAGUACAGCGAAUCGAUAAAAAAAUCGGGAUGAUGAUGAUGAUGAUGAUGAUGAUGAUGAUCGUACAUGACGCGUGCCAAUACAAUCGACCCUUUACAAUGAAAAUCACGACUAACUCAGUCCCACGACAUAUAAUGAUACAAAGACACCCAUAUAGUUCGGGGAGAGUUCUGAACUUCAAAUCAAAUCAUCCUCUGAGCCAGAAGCUAGGUGUAGCACAAGGUUUCUUUAACAGAGCCAUACGUCUAAGUCAUGUGAAUAUGGUGGCUGGAAGUACUGGCAAAGUGAAACACUUGCUCAUGAACAACAACUAUCCGUCAUCUCUUCUCAGGAAGUGUGAGAAAAUUACUAAUGAUAGAAUUAAUAGUAAUUUGAGGAUUGAGGCUGGUUUGAGAGGGUGGUCGUUCUGUAAGUUUCCCUAUAUUAAAGGUUUGUCACCCAGGAUUGGAUGCUUGUUCAGGCAGACUAAUUGUAAAUUAAGUAACAUGACGGCAUUGGCGGAUCAUCACUUUGAGAGCGGGCAUGACUUUCAGUUUGACGCUGCUCAUAUUUUAGACUAUGAAUCUCAUUUUCUAAAACGUAACAUCAGUGAGAUGUUUUUCAUUAAAGUGUUUGAUUGCGUCAACUUUAGGUCUGAUACUCAGGGGUUAAGUUCAUUAUACAAUGACAUCAUAUCAGUGGCUAAAAGAUUCAUGCAAUAA